AUGCUUCCUCACAGCCUCCUCUUACUGCUCACAGCCGCGUUAGCCACCUCUAACUCCAACACUCUAGACCAGAUCCCACUGGAAGCACCGCUGCCUACAACAUUCCCAUGGAUCCAAAGAUUCGCAUCAAUAGGCGACUCGUACUCGGCCGGCUUGGGCGCAGGUGGCCGCCUGGAUUUCUAUUGCUCCCGAUACGCAAAAUCCUACCCAAACAUCUUGCACACAUCCCUCCUGGGCCACAACCAAAACAGGACACAUCAGUUUCUAGCCUGUUCCGGUCAAACAAGCACUGAGAUCCUAGAAACACAGGUCCCGGCCUUGAGCCAUGACUUGGAUCUUCUAACAAUAUCGGCUGGCGGAAACGAUAUAGGCCUCUCACCCAUCCUGAGCAACUGCGUCUACCAAUUCUACAUGGCCUCCGAAGACGACUGUAAGACGAGCAUCCAAGAAGCCGCUCAGCGCGUCGCCUCGAAGGAUCAACUCUACAAGAACAUCACCACGCUCAUCUCCGCCACAAAGCCCAAGAUGAGCCCCCAUGGUAUCAUCUACCUAACGGGCUACGCAGGCUUCUUCGGCGUCGACGAUGACGGAUGCGACAACGUCACCUGGGCCGUUUGGUCCACAGUCGAAUCCUCGAAGCAGUAUCUCAAGCUCGAGCUGCGGGAGGCGCUCAACGCCUUAGUGCGCGCCGUUAACAGCGUCCUCCUUGACGUUGUCUCAGACAGUGGGCCUGGCGUACGCUUCAUAGACUACAAUGCGCACAUCGAAGCCCUGCGCGGCCGCUACUGCGAAGCCGGCGUCGCUGAGCCCGCGCCAAACCGGCCUGCGCUCGCUUUCUACGAAUGGGAUACCAUGGAUUCUGGCGAGGACCCUAAGAAACUUCGCAAUCGCACUGGCGAGGAUGUGCCGAAGGACAGCUUUGAGGGCGAUAUCGCAAAGAGGAUUAAUAAGACGUUGAGGGAGCAUCCGGAGUGGGAGUUUGAUCCUGACAAGGGAUUUGUGAACAAGACAAAGGCAGGGGGUGUAGAUGAUAAGGGUGCAGUUGGGGAUACGAUUCACUGGCUGUUGCCGGAUAGUUGGAAGCGGGUGUUUCAUCUUAGGCCUGAGGGGCAUGAGGUUGUUGCAAGGUUACUGCUGGAGCAUUUGGAGAAGAAUGGGAACGGGAUGAAGAAGGAUAGGUUAGAGUUGUGA